UAAAUAAGAUGUACCUCAGCCGUGUGUGACGAUACAGCCACUUAGCUGGCUAAUUAGCUAGCUUUUAUACUCUCGGACCUUAUUGUCCACGUAAACCAUUGGUUUUUAAUGGUUUAAUUUAUCAUAAACUAUAGAAUAUAUGUAGUUAGUUAGUCAUUUCAAUGGCUUUCAAUGGCCACCAGCACGAUGAUGAUAUUAUCGACGAAGACGAAACGCCCACGAAGCAGCCGCGGUCCAACAAGGAGAUGCCCGGUUAUUUCAGAAAUGAGCCCAGCAAUGAGGCAGCUGCGCCCGCCGGAAGAGCCGCAUCCGACCGGCGGACCUCCAACUCGACGACGAGGCAUCGGAUCGACUCGGUGAAGAAAACAAGGCCGCCAUUUCCCUGGUUUGGCAUGGACAUUGGAGGCACUCUGGUGAAGCUGGUGUAUUUCGAGCCCAAAGACAUCACAGCAGAGGAGGAGCAGGAAGAGGUGGAGAACCUGAAGAGCAUCCGGCGCUACCUAACCUCCAACACCGCCUAUGGUAAAACAGGCAUCAGGGAUGUGCACCUGGAGCUGCAGGACCUUACACUGUGCGGCAGGACGGGCAACCUGCACUUCAUCCGCUUCCCCACGCACGACCUGCCGGCCUUCCUGCAGAUGGGCCGCAACAAGCACUUCUCUAGCCUCCACACCACCCUGUGCGCCACCGGAGGGGGGGCAUACAAGUUUGAGUCUGAUUUCCGCACGAUGGCGGACCUGCAGCUUCACAAGCUGGAUGAGCUGGACUGUUUAAUUCGGGGAGUGUUGUACAUCGACUCGGUGGUGUCCAGCGGCCCCUCCGAGUGCUACUACUUCGAAAACCCUACAGACCCAGAUCGCUGCAUCCAGAGGCCCUACACACUGGAGAACCCAUAUCCUCUGCUGCUGGUCAACAUAGGGUCCGGGGUCAGCAUCCUGGCCGUCUACUCUGAGAACAACUACAAACGAGUUACUGGGACCAGCCUCGGUGGUGGGACCUUCCUGGGCCUGUGUUGCCUGCUGACUGGCUGCUCCACUUUCGAGGAAGCCCUAGAAAUGGCUUCUCAGGGGGAGAGCACCCGUGUGGACAAGCUGGUUCGGGACAUUUAUGGAGGAGACUAUGAGAGGUUUGGGCUGCCAGGCUGGGCUGUAGCCUCAAGUUUUGGCAACAUGAUGUCCAAAGAGAAGAGGGAGUCGGUGUCCAAAGAGGACCUGGCCAGAGCAACCCUGGUCACCAUCACCAAUAACAUCGGCUCCAUCACCAGGAUGUGUGCGCUCAAUGAGAACAUUGAGAGGGUGGUGUUUGUGGGGAACUUCCUAAGAGUGAACACCCUCUCUAUGAAGCUGUUGGCCUACGCCAUGGACUACUGGUCCAAAGGUCAGCUCAAAGCACUCUUCCUCCGGCAUGAGGGUUACUUCGGAGCAGUCGGAGCCCUGUUAGAGCUUCUGCAUCCGUCCUAAUGUGUCUGAACUACAUCCAAAGAAGUACUUGUCAAACUGCUGCAGAGACCAUUAGCACUUUAGACUGUUCAGAGUCAGUUCCACGGUGGGAUGUCACGUCAGCCACCAGCCAGUUACCGGUAAACUUUGGUUGUGGCAGACAGACUGUCAACAUUUGGAGGUCCUGUUGUGUUCUCAGAAAUCAAGCUGGUUUGUAAACUGGUGAAAGUGACUUCUAAACUUUGACACACAUCUGCUGUCGUGGUCAGCGGGUGGAAAUCAUUUUCCUUGCUCCGGCUGAGAUUGUAUGCAACAAAGUUUGACAAAGUAACGAGCCGGGUUUGGUCUGAAACAUCUCAAGGAAAUUCACCGCGGUUGCCUGAAAUAAUAUUGUCAUCACAUGGACUGCAAUUACCCCUCCGAGGGUAUCAGGUCCUAGGCCAAAUAUUCGCAAGUACUUUCUAGGGUUUAUUUGACCCUACUUAGGUACCAGAUGGAUGGGACUUUGACUACUGUAAUGGGGUUAUAUUGGAUAAGUAUGUAUAAGACCUCACAGUAGAAAAGCAUGGACUUCAGGGGGUGAGAAAAUACAAACAAAUAAUAGACUUAGUAAUAAAUAUUUUCAUUAUUAAUCUUAUAAUAAAUUGUUGAUAUAUUGUUUGGCCGAUAAAAUGGUCAAAAAUAGCCAAAGAAAAAUUCCCAACAAGAUUCCAGAGCCAAAGAUGACGUCUUUGUAAAAUGUUGUUUAGUCUUAACAACAGAUUUAAACCCAAAAAUAUUAAGUUUAGUGUCAGUUAAGACAAAUAUACACAGGAAAUGUUCAUAUUUUAGAAGCCGUAACCAGGACAUUUUGGCAUUUUUCCUUCAAAAACAAACAAUCGUCUGUUGCUGAUUCAUUUUCUGUCAACUUUUUGUUUCAUCAUAUCGACAUGAAUGAAAUCUUGAGAAUUGGCAUUGUACCGUUCUAAAAUUCAAAUUACUGUUAUAUAUUUUAUUAUACUGUAAUGUGAUCAUUGUCCCAAUAUUGCUCCCAUCCACCUGGUACUCUCAGUAACCUAAAACACUGCAAAUCAUUUACGAACACUUUGAAAUGAGGGUGUGAAUUAUACUUUAUUAUAUAAGAAAGAGCAAGUUUUCCUCGCUGGAUUUUGAUUCAUAUUUAAACUCACGUGUCAGUUUCUCUUAACUGACUCUAUGAUAAAAUAUGCACAAGAGAUCAUUUCAUCAGGCUUAUUCUUUAAUAAGAGACAUUAACUGUUACUGUUAUAGACUUUAUUACCAUUUUCAGACGGUUUCUGCCUCUGCGAACGUUUAUGAACUCAGUUGUUUGUUUUUUUUGCAACAGUGCUGGAAUCAGGAAAGUGUGGACAAUCAAUGUGUGAGACUGUACUGAUAACCCAA